AUGUCCAUAUUACAUCUCGUCCCAGUGGUCACCUCCACCACUACCUUGGUGCUCGCCAAUGACCAACGCCUCUUCCUCCGAAUCUUCCUGCGGAAAGAAGUCGAGCCCAACGCCAAACACGUCCUGACCCCGUACUGGAAGAUCAUGAUCGACACAGUUGUGCCCUUCGUCGUCGCCCCGCUCCUCGGCACGAUCGGCUCCAUCGGGGCUAUUCUCUACACCACGCCUGAGGAGGUCCUGCGCACCAACGGCGCCUACUCAUGGUAUGUGGCCGGCAUGGCCUUUGCGGCGGGCCAUUUCCUCUUUGUGCCGUCCAUCCUGCCCAAGAUCAGGGGACUGCAGAACGGCGAGCCGACAUCCACCCUCCGAGAGUGGAUGCACAUCCACAUGAUCCGGUCUCUCACGGUUGAUCUUUUCGCCUUGGUGGCUUGUAUGGUAGCGACUACUAGAACUUUGUCUACUUGA